AUGUCCACAGAAGAAGGCAAAGUGAUCAAGACGCUCGAGGAGGACGACGAGUUCGAGGAUUUUCCCAAGGACUCGCAGUGGGACAACGAUCCCAACCCACAGCUCACUGCUGCUAGUCUUUGGGAAGAAGAUUGGGACGACGACGAUGCCAAAGACGACUUUACUGAGAGGCUCAGAGAGGAGCUCAAGAAAGCGAAAUAA